AUGGCUGAAAUGACAUCCGCAAUCGCUGUCAUCAACGUCGAACAACCUGAGACGGCUAUUCCAAUGUUCGAAAAGUUGUCUGCAAGAACCGACGCUAGAAAUAAAAGGCAAGCAAUUAAACGUGGCAAGCAAUGGAUUUGCUUGAAAUGGACUGCAAUCGCCGCGGUCGUUGUCAUGGUCCUCUUCGUGAUUGGCGUCAUCAUCAUUUUCACAUUGAACUGA